AUGGCCUCCAAACUCCAGGGCCUCAAGGUCCUCCAAACGCCCUACAAAACGAUUGCCCACCACGAAAUCCGCACCGACGUCCUCGUCCCCGAAACACCACUGUCCGGCAAACGGCCCGUCAUCGUGCGCUUCCACGGCGGCGGCCUCGUAAGCGCUUCCCUCUCUCCCUCUCACCCUUCCAACACCAAACAAAAUACUAACCGGCCCCAGGUCAUGGGCGACUCGCUCUACCUGCCCUUCUACCCCCAGUGGCUGACGGACCUCGCCCUCGCCCACGGCGCCAUCAUCAUCUCCCCCAACUACCGCCUCCUCCCGGAAGCCACGACGCCCCAGAUCUUCCAAGACGUAGCCGACUUCUGGGCCUACAUCCACUCGCCCUCGCUCGCCUCGCUGCUCGCCUCGCAGUCGCCCCCCGUCGAGGCCGACCUCGCCCGCGUCCUCGUGACCGGCGACUCGGCCGGCGGCCUCCUCUGCCUAAGCACCGCGCUCACGUACCCGCGCGACAUGAGGGUCGCCGUCGCCACGUACCCCCUCGUCGACCCGGGCGCGCCAGAGUUCACACGGCCCCGUGAGAAUCCGCCGCUGGGGAAGAGCGUCCCGGAGUCGGUGUACGACGACGCGCUUGCCGCGGCGGAGGGCGGGCCGGCAGAGAGCUCGGUGACGUCCGCUGCGAGAUUGGACUUUAUGCUGGCGGCCACGCAGCACGGCCGGCUGGGCGGCUUGUACGCGCGCGGGCUGGAGGACGCGGCGCCCGCCGAGAGGAGGGUGUAUUUCCCGCCCGAGGCGCUGGAGGCCGAGAGCGUGAGGCUUCCGGUGGGGGGCGUCACGAUACUGCAGGGGAGGGACGACAGCGUCGUGCCCGUGGAGUCGGUGAGGCGGUUUGUGAAGCGUGCGAGAGAGGUCGUUGGUGAUGAAGUGCGUUUGACAGAGACGGAUGGCGAGCAUGGAUUUGAUGUCGCCUUGCGGUAUGACGGGUGGCUGAAGGGCGAGCUGAAGAGGGCAGUCGAUGCAUGGUUGGAGUGA